UGAUGCCGAUUGGAACCGGACCGCGUUGGGCAUGACACCUCACUAACAGGUUGCGCGCCGGCAUGUGCCGUCAGGUGUUCGUGCGCAUGGAUGCAGGUCGCGUCUCUCUGUCAUGGUGUCAGCGUUCGCGGUGAGUUCGCCUGGAGCACUAUGGAGGAGAGAAAGACACUUUUCUUCUUCUUCUUCUUCUGCCUUCUCGUCGCGACGCAGCUCCUCCGCCCGAGCGCCGCGCAAGUCCUCCGAAUCGGCGGGAUUUUUGAGACCCGGGAGAGUGAGCUGGUCAGUUCGGACGAGCUGGCGUUCAAGUUCGCUGUGAACAACAUCAACCGCAACAAGACGCUGAUGCCCAACACCACCCUCACCUACGACAUUCAGAGGAUCAACCUCUUUGACGGCUUUGAGGCGUCGCGCAGAGUGUGCGACCAGCUGGCUCUCGGGGUGGUCGCCGUGUUCGGCCCCUCCCACAGCUCCUCGGUCAGUGCGGUUCAGUCCAUCUGCAACGCCCUGGAGGUCCCCCACAUCCAGACCCGCUGGAAGCACCCGUCCGUGGACAACAAGGACACGUUCUUCAUCAACCUGUACCCCGAGUACACGGCCAUCGCCCGCGCCAUCCUGGACGUGGUCACGUUCUUCAAGUGGAGGAAGCUCACGGUGGUCUACGAGGACAGCACAGGUCUGAUGCGGAUGCAGGAGUUGAUCAAAGCCCCCGCGAAGCUCAACUUGAGGAUCAAGAUCCGCCAGCUCACGCCGGGCAACCAGGACGCCCGGCCGCUGCUCAAGGAGCUGAAGAAGGACAAGGAGUUUUUCAUCCUCUUCGACUGCUCCUAUCGCAUGGCCGCCGAGCUCCUCAAGCAGCUUUCAUCAAUGGGAAUGAUGACGGAGUACUACCAUUUUUUCUUCACAACCCUGGAUUUGUUCGCGCUGGACCUGGAGCCGUACCGCUACAGCGGGGUCAACAUGACGGGUUUCCGGCUGCUGAACAUAGACGACCCCUGGGUGGCCUCCACCAUGGACAAGUGGGCCAUGGAGAGACUGCAGGGCCCCAAGCAAGAGAGCGGCCUGAUGGACGGCGUCAUGACGACAGACGCAGCCUUGAUGUACGACGCCGUGUUCAUGGUUGCCGUGGCGUCGCAGCGGGCCACUCAGAUGACUGUCAGCUCCCUGCAGUGUCACCGCCACAAGCCCUGGCGCUUCGGACCGCGCUUCAUGAACCUCUUCAAAGAGGCACAGUGGGACGGACUGACGGGGCACAUUGUUCUAAAUAAGACAGAUGGCCUGAGGAGGGACUUUGAUUUGGACAUCAUCAGCCUCAAAGAGGACGGCACUGCCAGGAUCGCCGUGUGGAACUCGUACAGGGGCAUGAACCUGACGGAGAAGUCCAUCCGGGACAAGAAUAACAAUGUGACGGACUCUCUGGCAAACAGGACGCUUAUUGUCACCACGAUACUGGAAAAUCCGUACGUGAUGUAUAAGAAGUCGGACAAGGAGCUCGUGGGUAACGACCGUUUCGAGGGCUACUGCCUGGACCUGCUGAAGGAGCUCUCCAACAUCCUGGGCUUCACGUACGAAGUCCGACUGGUGGCUGAUGGGAAAUACGGCGCCCAGAACGACAAGGGGGAGUGGAACGGGAUGGUCCGGGAGCUGAUCGACCACAUUGCCGACCUCGCCGUGGCCCCGUUGACCAUCACGUACGUCAGAGAGAAGUCCAUCGACUUCUCCAAGCCCUUCAUGACCUUAGGCAUCAGCAUCCUGUACCGCAAGCCCAACGGCACCAACCCGGGCGUGUUCUCCUUCCUCAACCCCCUGUCGCCGGACAUCUGGAUGUACGUGCUGCUGGCCUGCACGGGAGUCAGCUGUGUGCUCUUUGUGAUCGCCAGGUUCACGCCGUACGAGUGGUACAACCCGCAUCCAUGCAACCCGUCCUCGACCCUGAUACAGAACAAUUUCACUCUGCUCAACAGCUUCUGGUUCGGUGUUGGGGCCCUUAUGCGGCAAGGCUCCGAGCUGAUGCCCAAGGCUCUGUCCACUCGCAUAGUCGGGGGGAUCUGGUGGUUCUUCACCCUAAUCAUCAUCUCCUCCUACACGGCCAACUUGGCGGCCUUCCUCACCGUGGAACGGAUGGACGCGCCCAUCGACUCGGCGGACGACCUUGCGAAGCAGACCAGGAUCGAAUAUGGGGCGGUGCGGGAUGGAUCCACCAUGACCUUCUUCAAGAAAUCAAAGAUCUCCACCUAUGAGAAGAUGUGGGCGUUCAUGAGCAGCAGGAAGAACACGGCGCUGGUGAAGAACAACAAGGACGGCAUCACCCGCGUCCUGACCACGGACUACGCCAUGCUGAUGGAGUCCACCAGCAUCGAGUACAUCAGCCAGAGGAACUGCAACCUCACGCAGAUCGGGGGCCUCAUAGACUCCAAGGGCUACGGCGUGGGAACGCCGAUCGGUUCUCCGUACAGGGACAAAGUGACCAUCGCCAUCCUCCAGCUGCAGGAGGAAGGGAAGCUGCACAUGAUGAAGGAGAAGUGGUGGCGCGGCAACGGCUGCCCGGAGGAGGACAACAAGGAGGCGAGCGCCCUGGGCGUGGAGAACAUCGGCGGCAUCUUCAUCGUCCUGGCCGCCGGGCUGGUUCUGUCCGUGUUCGUGGCCAUCGGAGAGUUCAUCUACAAGGCCCGCCGGAACGCCGACAUAGAGGAGGUCCUGAGCUGUCGUUCUCUUCGGCAGUGCGUGUCCUUCAGCGCCGUGAUGGAGGAGCUGGCCAUCUCCCUGCAGUGUUACAGAGGCGUCCGCAGGAGGUCGCGACCCCGCAGCGCGGCGAGGUCGACCUGCGUCGCCUGUCAACCCAAGCGCACCGCGAGGAGGGACGGAGCGAGGCGGGACUCCAGCACUUGAGCCUUGCUGGAUCCAUAAACUGAUCAGAACCUCGAUCAGAGGCUGCUGUUUGAUUUCUUUUGUUUGUCGGCCGCUGAAGGAAGUGAAGUUGUUUUCUCAUCCCCCCCCCCCCCCUCUGUCUUUCUACUGAAUGUGUAUGGAUUAUUACUAAUGAAGCAUUGUAUGUAGUUUACAAAGUCUUGGCCUUGUCUCGACAUUGAUUUGUUAAAACAGCUGAUGACCAAGAGGAUGGAAGCGCUCUCAUAGUAAAAAAAAUAACCUUUGCUGUUUCCUCAUGGCUGUAGUUCGCUGUUCAGUUUGCAGAGUUUGAAUCUGCAAACUUUAUAGAAACUCCCAUUGUGCAAAUGUAGGACGACGGAUUUUUCAGAGUAAAAAGAAGAUUUCUUUGCA